AUGGCCGGGAAAAAAGGGGCCACAGGGUCCAAGUCCAAGCCCAAAACCAGCAAUGGCGGGAGGAAAAAGACCACCAAAAACAGCAACGCCAAAACACCAGACAAAAAAUCCCCAAAUAUCUCAUCUCACAAUUUACAAACCGCGGAACAAGACCCAGAACAAAGCCGAAAGCACCGACAGCACGUCCUGGACAUAUUCCGUCACGCCUUUGCCGAGACCCUGACGUCGCCCGACUUCACCAGCACCUUGCAAUCCGUUAAACAGGCCCUCUUCGACAGGGACUUUGCCAAAGCCUUUAGCGACCCACACCAUCUCGAGGUAUACGCAGCACGAUGGAGUCCCACGCGGGCUCUAUGUUAUUCCGCUGUUCUGGAGGGGAUCGCCGAGCACCUCUGCGAUCUUUACUCACCAAGUACUCUCGAGACGACAACUUCACCAAGCAGCUCUCUCGACACGACAACAACAACACCACCACCAACCCCUCCAAACCUCCCCGUCCUCUCCAUAGGCGGCGGUCCAGCCGAGCUCGUAGCCCUCGCCUCCUUCCUCAGCCAACACCCCCAUUCGCCUUCUUCUCCUCCUUCUCCUUCUGGCCCUUCUCCUUCUCCCCAGCUCCACAGCACCCUCACCCUCCUCGACUCUGGUCCUUACACCCCUCUCAUCAACACCCUGACCACAGCCCUGACCACGCCGAGGCCUAUCUCGCCAUACGCCAGCGCAGCGGCUAAACUGGCUAAUGUGCCGCUUUUGUCGUCGGCUUCUCUUGGAGAUAACACAACAACGACAACAAUGACAACACCAGCAACAACAACACCAACAGUAAAAACGCCCCCCCACCUAAUAACUCUCCUCUUCACCCUUAACGAGCUCUUCACCGCCGGCGGCCUAGCACCCACCACACGGUUCCUGCUAGCACUUACCGAUGCCGCAUCCGUGGGAUCGUUGUUAUUGGUCGUGGACAGUCCGGGGAGUUAUUCUGAGGUUGUUAUAGGAGACACCCAAGGAAAGGACGGGAAGAAGAAGAGGGAGUAUCCGAUGGGGUGGUUGUUGGAUCGGGUUUUGUUAGACACGGAAAGGGAGGGGGAUGGUGGUGAUGACAAAAAGAGAUGGGUCAAGGUAGAGGAGAGGGAGUCGGUGUGGUUUCGGUUGGGGACGGGGUUGGAAUAUCCGAUUGGGUUGGAGGAUAUGCGGUAUCAGAUGCAUUUGUAUCGGUUGGAUGCUUUCACGGGAUCAGCUUGA